UUGAACUUUGUCUCUUGUUUGAAAAUCUCGUACAACGGCGAUUUUUACGAAAUUUCGCUAAUACAGGACGAAAAUAAGAAACACAAUCAUGAAUUUCAUAAAAUCCUCCAGUCCUGACCUAGGAGAUGCCAAGGAAAUCGGUGAUUUCAACAGGUGUUCAAUCGAAGAUACGCCGGGUUGGACGCCUGUAAAGCCUAGAUUGGGAAGAUUUGUGGAUGUUUACUCACCGGAACAUCUUAAUUUGACACCUAGAAAUAAGCCUAAAUUUGAUAUAAAUGAACUGAGGAAUGAAAGCCCUUGCCAGUAUACACCUGAAAAAUAUCCAGAAAUUGAUUACAGGUGCAGGACGGUCAAACCACAGCCACGCUUGCGCGAUGUAUUUAGAAACUGCUCAUUUGAGGGUAACCAAAGCUUCCCACGCUUGAACCGUAGAGUUCGGCCCAUCAAGAUGGAGCUAGAAACACCGACUAAAACCAAAACCGCCAUUGACUUUGUCAGAGUUGAUGGCCCAAAUGGACUCCGAUUCAACACAUCGCUGGCAACUGGUGAAGUGACUGGCUCCCCAGCACAGUCACAAACUGACCGCAUCCAGCAAGCUAUCAACCCAAGCAAGGCUGUCUUCACUAUUGAACCUAACUCUUCUAAAAUUCUAAUUGUAAAUAACAAAGCAUGUUCCUUGCUGGGAUAUUCCUCCGGAGAGCUAUGCGGUCUCAGGUUUUCUGAUCUCCUUCACAAACGGAGCUGCAAGAUCUUCAGUCUGCAUGAGCCUGAAGAUGGAGACGUAUCUGAAGACCGGACUAUUGUGUUGCUGAGUGGAAAGGUGGUAGAAUUGCUAUCAAAAGAUGGCGGCACAGUGCAAGUCUCGCUGUGGAUCCGACAACUGGACAAUGAUGGCCCCUGCUUAGUGGUCGCUGAACCUGUCAGCUGUAAGAAUGUACUGUUCACGAUAGACGCUGAGACGGGCGUGAUUCUCUCAUGUUCGAGCGAAGACGCCGCUCUGUUGUUCCAAGCGGACACCACAGACAAGUUGAUUGGUCUUCCCAUAGCGUCUCUGGUGCCGUCCAUUCAGCUGCCUACGGCUGAUGCACCGAUGACCAGAAGUGUUUCUAAACAGAAGGCAACGGGAAGAACAUUAGACGGAGGCACUUUCCCGCUAUGUCUUUGGAUAUCGAAAGCCGAUAUUGCCGAGAACUCCCCGUGGUCAUCAAUAAAAUCAUACAAGGACAGACCUAUUCUCGAAGUUACUGUUAGGGUCACAUACAACGUUAGCGGCUUGCUAGUAGUCGACGAGAGCGGCAUCAUAACCGCUUGCAAUCACCACUUCGCGAUGCUCACCUUCGGCAAACCACACGCAGAAGUGGUGGGCCACCACAUCGAUGACGUCAUUCAACACUUCUGCCGCGAGGCUGACAUGGUCAAAGUUCCAGAUCGGGGGCGACAGAUGACGUUGUCGCCUGUCAACAAUGACAACAAUGGAUCAGCAUCAGACACUGACGAGGAUUCCUGUGGAGCAUUCAACGGCAGCCAGAAGUCCGCCUGCAUGUCUCUCAACGUCCAGCCUUCUGUCCUCUCUACAACCAGGGAGAAGUCUUCCAGCGCCCUCUGUCUGGACAAGUCCUGUAGCUUGGUCACGCAUACACCCACGCCUACUCAGGAUAUGGUAUCAAGUAUUAGCACCACGGAACAGAGGAACGAUAUAUCGGCGCUGCCGGAUGUUACUUCAGGCAUGUCAGGAAUAUCAAUCGAUGACGAGAACUACUGUCCAAGCAGCAUCUCAAAAUCGCGGUCCGAAAACAUACUAAGGUCUGAACACAGCAAUCCAGCCAUAAAACUGGUUUCAAACAAGCCUUCGGAGAAAUCCGACUCUAUCUACUACACGUCACAGCAUUCCCAAGAAGUGACGCCCACAGGAAACGCGCCGCGAGUUAGACUGAACGACCCGUCUUUAAGGCUGUCUUUUGAUUCCAGCAAGUAUAGGUCGCUAAAGGCGAAUUUGCCGGGGCAAGUGAGAGACGACAAGAGCAGUCUUUCGCUAGAUUUCUGUGACUCUAACGAGACUAGUGCGGAUUUUUUGACGCCUAUAAACGAAAUGCCACCGCCAGGGUGUGAGAUUGAAGAUUUGCCGAAACAUAAUGGCAACGAAAGCAUUGAUAGCUUGAGCAAUGACAAUGAUUUGGAAACGCAGACCGAGUCAGCGCCGAGGAAGAAAUAUGAUGAUGACGCGCCCGAAACGCCGUGCGUGGCGAAACGACUCCUGCGCAGUCACGUGACAACGUCGACGCCGCAACACGUGCGCGCGAGUAAAACUGACCACUGCGACUGCACUACUGAGUGCCAGCAUCGAGACGGCACUUAUAGAGGCGUGGUGCUGCAUAAAGAUGGGACUGAACUUAACGUGCUAUACACGGUGUCGACGAUGCAACUGGCCAACGGCAGCCGCGUGCGAUGCGUGUGGCUGGGAGUGCAGUUGGAGGACGCGCCGCGCCACACCACGCUUGCUUCCAGCGUGGCCUCCACCGCCGACAACUCGCUGAUACUCGGCAACAAGUCGGCAAGCAGCCGGCCGGCGUCCAUGUCUCUGAUGUCGCAGUGUGGCGAAGAACAAGUGGCCGGCGAGUAUUGCAAACACUACGUCACGCUCAAGCAGAUUGGCAAAGGCGCAUACGGCUGCGUCAAAAUGGCGUACCGUCGAUCCGACCGCCUACUCACGGUAGCCAAGUUUAUCCUGAAAGAGAAGGUGGGCGCCCAAUUCUGGGUCGACGGGCCGGAUGGGAGACGCGUGCCUUUGGAGCUGAGCUUGCUGAUGACUUUGAAGCAUCCUAAUAUUGUGAGCGUGGUAGACGUAUUCGAGAACGACAAGUACUACCAAAUGGUGAUGGAGAAACACGGCGCGGGUAUGGACUUAUUCGAGUUCAUCGAGCGGCGCCCGCGCCUCGACGAGCCGCUGCUCAGCUACAUCUUUAGACAGAUAGUACAAGCAGUAGAAUACCUGCACUCCCUAAACAUUCUUCACCGUGACAUAAAGGACGAGAACAUAAUCAUAGACAACAAAUUCCACGUGAAGCUAAUAGACUUCGGAUCGGCGACGUUUAUGAGCAAAGACACGUUGUUUUCUACUUUCUACGGCACCACAGAGUAUUGCAGCCCUGAAGUACUGGCUGGUAACAAAUACGCCGGGCCGGAGCUUGAGAUGUGGUCAAUGGGGAUAACGCUUUAUGUGCUGACAUUCUUCGUUAACCCGUUCUCCGACAUUGAGGACACCAUACAGGGUCCAUUGGCGUUCCCGCAGGUCGUGUCAGAUGAGCUAGAACAGUUGCUUCGCUGGAUGCUGUGCAAAGAACCGGCGGCGCGCUGCACGGUGCAGCAGCUGAUGGCGCACGCCUGGAUUCGCCAGCCCGUCGCCAUCGCCAACUACGUAUUCCACGAGAUUGUGGACUGCGAUCGCCAUGAAGCAAACCCAGAAAUGUAUUACAGCGGCAGUCUAGGUUCACCGAGAAGUGGUUCUCCCGUCUCACUCGCCGACCCUCCGAAAGAACGUUCAAACCCGUCUGAGGUGGUAGUCAGAUCAGACGGUAAGAACUUGUCCAGGGACGAGCCCAAACGAAACUCGAUGGCGCUCCACGCGUUGUCCACUGCUGACAGAGACGCGCAGUCGGAUAACUACAGUCUGAGGUCUUCUGCAGAUAUCUUGGACAUAUCCUCCAAGCCAGUGUCAGAUGCCGCGUUGACAGACAUCAGCUCAGACGCGACGGGACAUGCAGCGUGUGACAUCGACUAUGACUGCGACCACUACGAGUGUGACAGCUGGGACGAGUGCGAGCAGGACAGCUUCUCGUGAGCGCUAGAGCGAGACAGCAGGAGGUAUGAAAGAGAAUGCUGAAACAGGUGGCGCUGGGGUAUAAGAUAAGAUUCUUUCUGUCAUUUUUGCCAAUGUGAAAAAGGUUUAUUUUGGUUUGUGAUUUCUUUUAUGACAACAAAAUAUUAAAUCUCAAAAAAUUAUAGUUUUUAAGAUUUGGUUUUGAAACUUGUAUACAUACCAAAGAGUAGGUGAGACAGUUAUUGUGUUUUCAAUGUUUCACUCAUUGCGUAUCCGCCUAUAUGUUUCUGUUUAUCAUCUAUCUAUCUAUUUUUCAUUUCUAUGAAU